AUGGAGGAUAAUGCCACUAUAGAUCGUGGUAGAGGUGUUCAAAAUUGGUUCGCUAAACAUGUGUUUGACUUCCAACAACUUCCCUGGCCACCGCGUAGCCCGUAUCCUAACCCCAUAGAAAUUGUAUGGGAUAUGAUAGUCACUGUGCGCUUUGGACCUCCAUACCACAAUUCUGAUGCACCGGUGUAUCAGGAUCUACACUACGUGACAAAAGAUAACACAACAUUUAGGUCUGAUCUCAGACAAUGUAGCUAUCGAAUAGGUGGCAGGUCAAGCUCUUGCUGUAUACCCACAUACACUUUUCUUGCGGGUGAGAGAGCCGAGCUUCCUUGCGAUUUGAAUGUUAGCGCCACCGAAGACGAAGUAUCCCUAGUGCUCUGGCACAGAGACGAGUCCGGCAGUCCUUUGUAUAGUGUAGAUGCUAGGGACACUCCUCUCUCAAGCGCAACUCACUUUCCUGCUGUCCACAUGGAAUCCAGAGCAUUUUUCAAUUCAACAGCUGCUCCAGCAUUCUUAAAGAUAGAGGAGAUAAGGAAGGAGGAUGAAGGGGUGUACAGAUGUCGAGUGGAAUACAGAAGAGCUAGAACUGAGACUAUGGAUAUGAUGCUUGCAGUAAUCGUUCCACCAAGAGAGGCGAUAAUUAUGGACGAAUUUGGUCAGCAUUUGCAUGGAAUUAUCGGCCCUUAUAAUGAAGGACAGCCUGUUUCGUUAAUUUGCGAAGGAGAAGGAGGUAAGAUAAUUAGUCAUAUUUCUCUUACGAAUGCAGUAAAUUAUAAAAUAGUACAUUUUAAGAAAUUAUAUACUCGGAUCAAACUUUAAAAGCUACCACUUUUGCUACUGGGGCAUUAAUUUAAAUUGCUGUAAGCAGAAAAAAAUUGAAAGUAUUUUAUUAAAAAAUCCAGAUUUUUUUAUAUGUAAAGUAUAAAAUUGCA